UAUCAGGUUGUCGACUCGACGAGACACCUCCAGGCUCUCGAUCUGUCUUCUAUCUACCAUAUCUACUCCUUCGUGGUGUAUAUAUCUAUCGCAUUAAGCCCACCUACUGAUCCGAAUUUUUCUCGCAUCCAGAGUUGCAUGCUCUAUACCGCAGUCCUCAAACGGAAUCCCUUCCCCGCAGCAUUGCGAUACUAUAGUAGAUCCGCAAAGAUGUCGUUGAAGGCCAUAUCAUCCAAGGAUGCUGCCUCCCUCGACAAGGAUCUCAUGGAAAUAGGCGGAUGGUCCCUGGACCAAUUGAUGGAACUAGCCGGACUAUCCGUCUCUCAAGCCGUCUACCGCAUCCACCCCCCCAGCAAAGGCAAGAACGUCCUCGUGGUCUGCGGACCCGGCAAUAACGGCGGCGACGGACUCGUCGCAGCCCGUCAUCUCGCGCAAUACGGCUACACGCCCUCAAUCUACUACCCGAAGCCGGGCAAAAACGAGCUCUACCAGCGCCUAACAACCCAACUAAAAUCCCACUCCGUUCCCUUCAUCACGGACCUGCCCAUCGCCAUAAAAACCUCCGACCUCCUCAUCGACGCGAUCUUCGGGUUCUCCUUCGGGGGUCCUCUCCGUGAGCCCUUUCCAACCAUCAUAUCGCAGAUCGAGACGGCCUCGAUCCCCGUGCUCAGCGUCGACGCGCCCAGCUCAUGGGACAUCGAGAAGGGACCGCCCGAGAAGGGGCCCGGGUCGAAGUUCAUGCCGGAGGCGUUGAUCAGUCUGACGGCGCCGAAGCCGUGCGUGAAGUUUUACAGGGGGAGGCAUUUUCUCGGGGGCAGGUUUUUGACGAAGGAUAUUGUGGAGAAGUAUGGGUUGGGGUUGCCGGUUUAUCCCGGCGUGGAGCAGAUUGUGGAGGUGGGGGUUGAUGUGGAUGUGGAGGGGGAGGGGGAGGGGAGGCUUUGA